AUGUACUGCAGCAGGGCUGGCGCCGAAGGACUGGAAGGGCUCCUCUCCGGGCUCCAAGCGCCACGAAGCCCUGCAACGGCUGGGUCGCGUUUUUACGCCCUUCCGCUUUCCCCCUCCCCGCUUGGGAAGCGGAGGCGCCGCCCGGCUUUGCCCUCCUCCGGGCGGACGGCGCUUGCCACCCGCCCGCCCACUCCCGUCGCCGUCGCAACGGCAGCCGCCAACUGCGAGAGCGGCGGGAUGUUGCCGGGACGCCGCCGCUUGACCUGGGGGGACCUCAAACCUGCCCAGACGCGAGAUGCAUUCGGGUCGUGCCAGGAGAGGAGAAUCUUCCCCUUUUUCCACGCACCUGACCGGUUAGGGAACGAGUAUGCGCCCAUGACCGGGGAUCCCAGCCUGGGGCCCGGAGCUUACGACCAUGCGGAGAGGAGCGGCCUCGUCUACCGCCUCGCUCACCGCCCGGAAAGUAAUAAAGGCUACAUUUUGGGAGCGAGAACGACCCCGCGCUUUGCAGCCUCUAGCAAGUAUGUGACACCUGGCCCGACGGCCUACCAGGCUGUGCUGGCCAAAGAGGAAAGGGCUCGGCCGAAAGGGGCUGCGUUUUCCAGCAAGUCGCCACGGUUUUCGCAGAAGGUUCCCGAAGCAGAGCUACUGCCAGGCCCUGGGACUUACGACCCUUACAAGAUGCCUCACAGGCAUGUCACCUGGCCAGGGAAGUUUGGGGCCCCGGACUGGUCUUUGGUACCAGCACCGGCGAAAAGGACUCUAAAGACUGAGCUGGUUGUAGACAGAGCGUUCAGGAAGCAGCGGAACCUGUUGGCCUACCUGAGCCUGUAUUACCGCACAUAA